UGUGCGCGCACCCGCAAGGCGCAACAUUUAUGAACAACAAUUUACUAUAUAGUGCUACGAAAGAGCAACGUCCUAACAAAUUACAAUAAACUCACCCCCUGAAGUGCGAUGCGUAUGUAGUGGUGUUGAAUUAAGUUUAUAUUUCGUCGUAUAGUUUUGUUAGUUUCUUCAAUUUUACUUCCUUUUAUUUAUUGUGUCGAUUGCAAAAUCAACAAAAUCUGUUGUGUAUGUGAUUCCUCCUUUUUCCGAUGUUGAAUCGUACGUGAAAUGAGGAACAAUCCCCGUGUGUCCGUGCAGUGUGUAUAGAAAAUAUUUAAAAGAAUGAAAAAUAAGUGAAAAACCAGUCGAGAAAAUAGAGAAUCACAUUCAGACUCUUUUUUCUUGUUUUAUCACUACUUCGAGUCUACCCAGACAUAAUUUUUUGAAUUACAUGCCAUGGUAGUUACAAAUUUUAAUCAAAAAAAAAACUAAAAGAACACUUUACUUUAUCGCAAAAGCACCAACUGUUACGUAAAUUAGUUUGGAUGAAAUAAGCAAAUUUCGCUCACAAAGAAUUAUAAGCAAAUAAGAUAGUAUUUAACGAUUGAUAAAUCUAUAAUAAUGAUAUCAAUAUUGAAGAUGAUUAACAGUUUAUAAAAUUGAAAAAAUAUUAAUACAAAUGAGGAACAUUUUGCCGCUCCGCAAUAUACAGUAUGUAUGGUGAGAAAAGCAAAGUGUUUUGAAAAGACAAAAAGAACUAACAAAAAAUCUGAAUAUGCUGCAGAGGAUAUAAUCGAGGUGUGUGUAGUGAGUUCGUUUUUGUUUAAAUUUAAUAGUUUCUUUCUCUAUUAGUCAAAGGUAUUUGAAAUAUUGAAAACAAUUCGAACGAUCUGGCUUCGAAUUCAGUGAAAAAAAAAUCGGAACCGGAUGUGCGACGUGAUACUGUACAUUGCAUAGAUGUAUAUUAUGCAGGGGGUGGUUGUCAGGGGGUGAAAUAUUAUGUCAGGGAUCCAAAUAUGCGUGUUGCUGUUGAGGCUGCUGGCGCUUUUUCAUGGAGUCUCAGGACUCCUCCCGGAGGAUUUGGACUUCGGAACUUCCCCUAUCAGUUUACAAGACGAGUGCGCAGCAAGGUGUCCUGACCUCGACCUCAACCAGAAUCGAACGGACGACGCAAAUUCAGAAGUGGGAUGUGGGGUGAGAUGUAGAAUGGAUCAGUGUACCAAAGGAUGUGCGGCGUGGCAAUCAGCACUGGAAACCAACUGUCGAGCUGUUUGCAACGGUACGCAAGAACUUCUUCCAACUAAACAACUAUACUGUGUGCUUGGAUGCCACGAUGCUCUGGACAGAUAUUUUCAACAACUCAAAGAGGAAAUAGGCACACCGCCAGCCCCUGCCUUAGUCGCGGAUAGCUUAACGGCGACUUCCUUACGACUGGAAUGGAAGGGCAUCGACAUAGAGAGAAGAGGUGCUGGAAUAUCAUACCUGGUGCAAUGGAUGUACGAAGAAUUAGCCGAGACGUGGCAGUAUUGCAGAAAUCAAUCGUGGGGAGAAGACGACCAAAUACUGGUGGAUAAUUUACAGCCUUAUACGAAGUACAGGUUUCGCGUGGCCUUGAUAUUGAAAUCCACGCAACAUAAUCGAGAGUCUAUCGUAUCAGCGCCGAGUGUGCCGAUAUUAACGAAACCCGAGGGUUUACCAUUGUCGGAACCGGUAAUUGUAAGAGCGGCAGCGGUAGAUAGCUGUCGUGUCUCCGUUUCUUGGGAACCGGGACCGUUUCCGAACGGACCACUUUUGUCCUAUGUCCUACGGCUGCAAGGGGGCAAUUAUUCCCAGCUUAAGGACAUACCAGCUUCAGAAAAUGCCUCGGAUUAUCAUUACAUGUUUCAAAAUUUGAAGCCCGAUAAAAAUUAUUCCGUGAGUUUAACCAUGAGGAAUAGCGAGGGGGAAGGACCACCCGCUGUUAUACACAUCGCCACGACACCCGAAGCAGCUGUCAAAGACACUCAGCAGCCUAUACUGAUUCUUGGCGGCAAGCAUACGGUGAAGAAACAGGACGCUGAUAUGCUGGAAGAUCCAACGUUGAUUUACGAGACAACGAACACGAUAUCUGGAGUCGCUAUCCACGUUGCAUCGGCCCAAGUAUUCGUCUCAGAUUCUGGAGGCUACGUUUAUCGGACAUCAAUUACGGAGAGGUCCAAACCAAUCGAGGUCCUUAAUCCGGAUCAAAUUAAUUUCAAACCUUUAAGUUUGUCCGUCGAUUGGCUCAACCUGCACCUUUACGUCCUGGGAGAGGUCAGGCACGCUACUACUGUCUGGCAAAUUGCUAGGUGCGACUUUGAUGGAAGAGGUCUCACUAUUGCCGUAGCGGGCUUCCUGACAAAACCAUCGCAUAUCGAAGUAGACCCGUACAACGGGUACUUGUUUUGGGUCAGAAAAGACGGUUUGUUUCGACUGGACUUGGCUGACAUCAGCAACGGUAUCAAGCACGAGACUCAUCCGGAUCUCAUCCUGGAAGAUGCGCAUUUAGAAGCCUUCAUGGUUGACCAUAGAAAUUUCCGCUUACUGGUACCACAUCACGUGCAAAAUACCGUGAUAUCAGUCACGCUGGAUGGCAGAGAAGUUUCCAAUCUUCGAGCCAAUACACAGCAGCCAAAAUUCAAAAAUGUUGUAUCUCUAGCAAUGGCUAACGGCUUGUUUUACUGGACGAACGGACAAGAUAUACUAAAAGAAGAUUAUCACCCCGGUCAAGACAGAUACUUCCACAACUCGUACCCAGACAGGUCGUGCGUGAGUGUCAACGUGCUAAUGGAUGCCAGUCAGCCGGCUCCGGUCCCAGUUAAUCCACCAACAGGUGUGCAAGCGGUUCUGGGAGCACACAUGGCUAAGGUUUCUUGGCGGGCCCCCUACCUUCUGGGAGGACAGGGUAAAGGCGCGUGGCAAAAUUGGUCGUACGAAUUGGAAAUCAAGGACGUAUCGACCGGGGAACCGAUACAUCAGGAGGAAAUUGGGGGAUCUUCGCACACCGUUUAUCAUUUGAGAGAAAGAUCUGAAUAUUUGAUAAAAGCCGCGGCGUAUACCAGUGCUGGACGAGGUCCGUGGUCCUCAGAAUUCAGAGGAUGUACAUUGAGGGAUCCAAAAGGCGGUUCUUAUGCUUCGAUAUUGUGGUCUGCUUCGGAAGGGCUUUUGAGAAGCGACGUAACGGGAGAGAAUGUGGAGACGUUGAUUCAAAAAUCUAGUUGGAAGGACUCCGACAUGGAAUAUCAUAUAAUUGAUGUGGCCUGGUACAAAGACCUCCUUUAUUUGGUGGGCAACAACUCAAUGCUGUAUUGUUACAACAUGACCAGUCACGAAACAUACAGACUGCACAUUAAUUCUGUGAGAAGCGUUGCCGUUGACUGGAUAUCGAAAAAACUUUACUGGGCCAAUCCGAAGCAGCAAAUCAUAACCAGAGCCAACCUUGACGGAACGCAGCAAGAACCCAUGUCGAUACUGGCCAUUGUUAAAGAGCUUAUGAUUGAUUCGUUGGAAGCGUAUUUGUACUGGUCAACCGGUCACGCGGUCGAGGUAUCGAGACUCAAUGGCCAAGACCGGAGGUAUUAUCACUCUGAUGAAAUAUUCAAUGGAAAGCAAGUUAUGGGACUGACUUUGGACACGGAGAAUAAAUCUGUUUACUGGAUCGUCAGGAGUUACGAAAGUGGUUCUGUACUCUACAGGGCACCAACUUCCGAAAGGAUUCCAAUGAACCAAGAAAUUGUUCCAGAAAAGCUCUCCGCACUGCAACAUUCCAACAUGCAGGGGCCCCUCUGCUAUUUUUCAGAGCAUUUGCUCUGGCUCCAAGACGACAGAAAUGCGGUCAUAGGUGACUUGUCUGGUCAGAACACAGCUGUAAUUAAUGGAAUAACGCUCUCUGGUCUCCAAAUGGUUGCUAUAAUGGACCAUGCUUUACACCAAUACCCAAAAAAUCUGUCUUCAGAAAAUAUAACCGUCCUUCCGUCCGCUGUUAACGUAGACAGUAUCAGAGUCGUAGGUAAUUGGAGUAAAUUCAACGUUUCAUGGGACCCCGUUAGAAACACAAACUACGGAACAGUUUUCUACGAAGUAAAAUACGCCGACCAUAUAAACACAAAUGCCAAUCCAGAAAUUACUAAAGAAACUACUAUCGCGUACAACAACUCCGAGCGAUUCUCACCGUACGCCAUACUCGAAGUGACUAUAAAAGCAUUUACCUACUGGGGAAUGUCCCAUCACACGAGAAAGAUUCUACGAUCGCCCCAAGCCGAGCCGAGCCAUCCUACGAAUCCUAGAGGAUUUGUUGAAUUCAACAAAAAGCCGUUGAGUGACGAUACCGAUAUUUCUAUAGUCUUCAGAUGGGAUCAGCCGGAUCAUCCUAACGGCUUGAUUCUUGGCUACACAAUCGUGUGCUGGUACAUGAAAGAUGACACCAAGAUAACCAUUUGCGACAAAAUUAACGUGCCUCCUAAAAAUUUGGAAUACAAAGUGGAUAAAGUUUUAUCAAAUACGACAUACUACUUCAAAGUACAGGCCCAUACAAUUGUCGGUGCUGGAUGGUUUACGGAUGUUAUAAACAUUUCCACAGAAUUUGAAUAUCCGGUGCCACAAAUAUUGGUAGCAACUCUCGACGCUGUUAGAAUUUCCGAUCUAGACAGAGGUAUCAAUGAUACGAUAACCAGACACAUCGCGAUAGAAGUGGCUUAUUCCGCAGCUGAAAAUAAAAUUUAUUGGAUCAAUGAAAUGCAAGAGAUGGUGAUCGCGGAUAUCGACAGCUCAAACGCUACAAAAAUUUUAGCUUUGAACAACUCUGCCUCAAGUUUGUGUGUAGAUUGGAUCACGAGGACCCUUUUUUGGACGGAAUCGGAAUACAGAGAGACCGUCGUCGGUAGCCAAAUCAUGCGUCUGGAUUUAACAGCAUGGGAAGCUGGGUACACAAAAGUUGAAAAAAUCAUAACUACGAAUAGGGCAGCUUCGAAACUGGAUAUAUCACCGUUGAUGGGCAUACUCUAUUGGAUCGAAUCGAGUCAAAAUGAUCGUGGGAUUAUAAUGCAGUCAGAUUUACACGGAGACGACAUUCAACCGUUUUUUAAUCACGCCGAAGACUGUUCUUGUCCAUUUGCACCGCUGGUGAGACCAGUCAUGGCCGUUGAUAACACAGAUAUACAUAAUCCUGUGAUCUAUUGGGUGUCGCAGGAGGGUAACUUGAAUAUUGCGGAUAUCGAAGGAUGUGUUUGCAAUAUGGUGUUGAGUCCAGAUAGUGGCAAAGGCUUACCUCCAACAUCACUGACUGUUGAUAAAGUUAACGUUUACUGGUCGAACAUAGACCAGGAUCAAGUGUACUUCAUAAACAAAUUGAAUCCAGAUGACACUGAGAUAAAGAAGUUUCACUUGUAUAGUGCUCGUAGUUUGAAAGCCAUCGGAAACUCCUUACAGCCUUAUCCAUUCGCGGAGUGUCUGAUCCCGCGACAAGUAUCCUACAAUGUUGAGCUCAUCGAGAAAUUUGCCAAUUCUAUUAAAAUUAAAUUGCCAGAACCCGUGCCACACUUUGGGUGUGAUAAAUUUCACCUACCGGCAACGUUAUACACUGUUUACAUAACGGAAUGCCUUGUGAACGACCCUAGAGAUUGUAAAAAUAGAGAAAGAGUCAGAGUGCAAUCUUACGAGAAGCUAAUCGAAGCAAAGAAUCUAAAACCCUUUACAAAAUACAUGUUUCAAGUGGGCUUGAGUAACUACUACAGUGAACUUGAGUCUUCUACCCUCGAACUAGGACCGGGUAAUAUAAUAAGGACAGACGCAGGAGCGCCCACGAGACCAGAAAAUGUUGUAGUUCAAGCUCUUACGCCAACUUUAGCUUCUAUAAAUUGGAUGCCACCAAAAGUAUUAAACGGAGCGGUAGUUCGAUACGAAAUUCACUGGAGAUCGGCACAACUCGUGAAUGGCAUUAGACAGAAGGGUGAACAACUGAUAAAAAACACCGAACAACCUGCGGAUGGUAAACUAUCAGCUAUGCUACAGCCGUUACUGCCAGGACAAGAAUAUCUUGUCUACGUUCGCGCUUAUUCCGCACAUUCUACCACCAGCUACAACGAAAGCGUGCCUCUGAGUGUGAGAAUGUAUCCCGAACCGAAUAAUUUAACACUGACAGGUCAGAGUAUCAACUCUAUGAACGUAUCCUGGGCACCCAACGAGAGUAUAACGAUUGUCUAUCACCUAGAAUAUUCCAUUGUGGGACUAGAAAAAUGGCAAAUCGCUACCAACUCCGUGAAGCGGAACGAUAAAGUUGAGUUUAUAAUCCAAAAUCUGCGCCCGAGAACUUUGUACAGAUUCCAAUUGGUCUUGAGGUAUCCAAAUUACAAUCAAGACUUCAUAUGGCCCGCCGACGCGAGGUUCACGUUUGAAACAUCGGGUGAUGUUCCCAGUGCACCCGGGAUUCCCAUAUCAACAAAGUUGCGUGGCUCGGUUCAUCAAAUCAGUUGGGAACCAGCGCAAGCUCAUGGUUCUCAGAUAACGCUUUAUAGAUUAGAAGGACGAGUUGUGGAAGAUUCUAAUCUCGUUGAAGAGAAUCGAAACGAUACCAGCCAAUGGAAUCUUUACUACAAUGGAACGGAUGCUAGUUGGAUCAGCGUUGGGGAGAUGAAUCAAAAAUACCAAUUUCGAGUUCAAGCUAGGAAUGCGUACGGUUUCGGAAAGUGGAGCGAAAUCAGUGGAGUUGUCGAUUUGACGGAGGCAGUUAGUGGCAUAUUGGUCGCCAGACAACACCUGGGACUGGUACUGGGACUCAGCGUUCCUCUGAUACUUGGCGUGAUGCUCUUAUGCUUCGGUGUUUUUCUUUGUCCAGUAUACAGACAGCGUAAGGAAGAUAAGAAGGUAGUAAUCCCCCCGACAAUGCCGGAUGUGGAAUUAGCAACGCUGCGUGAAAUCCCACGUGGAAAUUUCGUUCAGUCAAAUGCAUUAUACGCGUCAGCGAUACAGAACGAUCCCGAUGAUUCCGCAUUGCCUAAAAUAAAAAGAGAGCAAAUAACGUUGGCCAAGUUCUUGGGCAGUGGGGCAUUUGGAGAGGUAUUUCAAGGAGAUGCCAAAGAUCUGGAUGGUCCCGGUAUAACUCGUGUGGCCAUUAAAACUUUACGAAAAGGUGCUUCGGCGCAAGAAAAAACUGAAUUCUUGCAAGAGGCUCGGCUAAUGAGUCACUUCAAGCACAAACACGUUCUAAGAUUACUCGGGGUUUGUCUGGACACUGAUCCACCGUUACUGGUCUUGGAAUUAAUGAAGGCUGGAGAUCUUUUGACAUACCUAAGAGCCAGCCGUCCUCUGCAGCCGAUAGACCCCGGCGCCCUACGUCUCCAAGAUCUCUUAGCGAUGUGCGAGGAUGUGGCUAGAGGGUGUCGAUAUUUGGAGGAGCUCCAUUUUGUUCACAGAGAUUUGGCCUGCAGAAAUUGUUUGGUAUCGGCCAGAGAUCGUGAAAAUCGGGUCGUUAAAAUCGGAGACUUUGGGCUGGCAAGAGAUAUAUACAAAAAUGAUUAUUACCGAAAGGAAGGAGAAGGCCUGUUGCCUGUACGCUGGAUGGCACCUGAGUCACUUGUAGACGGAGUAUUUACGUCACAGAGCGACGUAUGGGCCUUCGGAGUUUUGAUGUGGGAGAUUACCUCGUUAGGUCAGCAGCCGUACCCAGCAAGAACUAAUCUUGAAGUAUUGUACCACGUCAGAGCGGGUGGGCGACUUCCUAAACCGCUGAACUGCCCAACCGCAUUGCAUCAACUAAUGUUACGAUGCUGGAGUACAGCCGACGCUAGACCUAGCUUCAAGGCUUGUCUCGAUCACAUAAUCACGCUCAGGAGUGGGACUGAAGAUGCACCAUUAAGUCCUAUACAUGCUGGCCAUUACUUAUCGAAACGAGGCGUCUCUAACAUGGCUUACUUUGCUGACGAGAAUCAAAAUCAUAACCAGUCAGGCAAUUCUUGGAAAUCCAGCAGUUCCGAAGGGAGUCGAGACAUGCAACCAUUCCUACCUGAUUUUUGCAAUACAACCGCCUUACUAUCGUCCGGUGAGAUACCAAAAUAUUUAGAAUUGUUAGCAGACAACGAUGUACCUGAUAUUAGAGAUAUUCCGACGGGGGGAUACGAAGUACCGAGAUCUGCGCAGAUCUUAGAUAAAACCGAGGUUCAGAGAGAAUCAAAACGCCCAGAAGUUGCCAAUCCACAGAUCGAAUGCCCUGCCUUAGAUUUCGAACAACCCGAAGGAAUUUCUAAUCAAAAACGAGAGUCAGCCACCAGUACGGAGCUGCAGGGACACAAGAGAACUUCCAUAUCAAGCAUUGGUGAGAAAUUUAAUAUAUUGGACAGUGUUAAAAUUGCUAAUCACAUUUCAAAAGCCAUGACAAUUAGAAACUCUCCGAUAUCUAUCGAAGAGAUUCGUAAGAGUGACGGAGGUUUGCUUGAAGUUAAAGGAUCAUUAACUAGUCUGAGUAGUAGAAGCAACAGCUCUCACGGGUCAUCCGCGAGUUUGGCUCCAUCAACUAGGCCUAGUUCGUCGUUGAUAAAUUUACAGAAUACCCUCCCUCAAAAGAAAACUAACGGUAGUAAGAGAAAUAGUUUUGCGAGCGACCCAAAUAGUGGAAAAAAUACAAUUUCAAAAUUGCACAGGACACAUUCAGUCCUGCAAAACGGCAAGGCGAAUAUCCCCUUGGCAAUAAAUAGUGCCUUACUGAAUUCGCUUAGACAAGCGCCGAGUACGAACGAAGAAAAAGAUAGCAGCGAUGUUGCUACCUAUACAAAUAUAAAUUCGGAUACUGUCAGAAUAAACGGGUAAUGUAAAAUUUGAAAGUGAUAUUUGUUGCUCGGUUUCGAUUAGUGCCUAUCAGGUAUAAAUUAAAUCGAUAGUAUGAUACGAUUAAAUGGAGCCUCAACUGCCGCGAUGAAUAAUAUAUUUCUAAGAUCAGAUCUAUUACAAAAUAUAAAUGUUAAUUUCUUGGCAUGUUUUUACAUUCUAUCUAUCGGUGAAUAAUAUCUGGAGCUCUCCUGAUGCCGUACUCAUAAUUUAGGUAUGAAUAAGUAUAUAUGAAUGUAUGUAUUGUUAUGAACAUAAAAAAAAAACAAUAUGAUUGUGGCUACGUAUAAAAAAUUGUUAAGUUUAUAUCUAAUAGAAAAAAGACAAUAUUAUUUGAAGUUGAACGUUGAGAUAUUUUAUCAAGCUCUAUAUAUUGACAAAACUAAGGAAGAAUGUUGAUGCAAUGAAAUUAUUUCAACGGCUGCUCAGAUGUUUUAACUUACGAACGUGCCUCCUAAAUGAUAAGCAAUUUUAAGCUGUCGAUGAAUCUCGCUGAACUAGGAUAAAUCAAAUUGUAAAUAGUUAUAUUUUAAAAUAUAAAUCCUAGAUUUUUUCAAUCGACUUUAUGAUGGAUUUUUACCACGCGCUCAAGUAUUAAGCAUUUUCUAUUCAAAGGCGUAAUUGACGAGGAGUUUUCGAUUCGGAAACAAGCAUGAUUGCACUCCAAUAUUAUUGUCCCUUAUUUUUCAUUUUCAUUUGAAACAAUAUCAUACAUAGCAUCCCACAUAUUAUAUUGUUCCUCAAGUAGCGUUAUUGUAUAGAAAAUAAAAUGAUGUUCUAAUUUUAGUAUUUAAUGUAAGGAAUACUUUUACUUUUGUAUGUACAUAUUACCUUGAGUGAAAGAAGACUAAUGUACUAAUUUUAAAAACAUUUGAUGAUUUUUCAAUUUGUUUCAAAUUGGACUCUGGACACGCAAUGGUCAGAAGUGCCCAAACGUAUCUGAUACUCGAAUAAUGUUGAAAGCAAUGAUCGCAAUUAUUUGACAAUAAUAUACGUAUAGGUAUGUAACCAGUGCUAAUUGUAAAUAAAUAAGAUAAUUGAGAAUAAGUAGAAAA